UCCAGAAAACUUCUAACCUCCUGAUAAGUUGAUUUGUUUACAGUAAAAAUAUUUGUUUUUUUGCCAAGACUUUAUUAAUUAUUAUUUAUUUUAUUGAGUAAUUAGUAAAAAUAAGUAAAGAUGGAGAAUUCGAAUAUAAAUAGUAAUCAAAAUUUGAAUGAUGAUUUGCUGGAAAAAAAUUAUUUGGCAGCAUAUCAGGAAUUGAAAUUUUCAAAGUCGGAUAAAAAUAACUUCGAUAGGGAUCGGAAGUGUCUGGCAUUAAAAUAUCACAUUGCAAAAAAAAGCUCUGACGAAUUAGCCCUUCGUCUUUUAUCACACGAUAUCGACGACUACAUUUCGCAAAUGGCAACUCGCGAAGUCCUUCAGUCCCCUUAUACAAAACGCACUAAAAACGUCUCAAUUCCGUCUAAAAUAACUACUUCCGAAAUAUUGUCUGUAAUCCAACCGCUGCCUUGUCAGAAAGACCCUUUGCAAUCCUGUAAAUCUACUUUACCCAAUGAACGUGACGUUGAGAAUAUCAUUGGCUACUGGAAUGGUAAAAAAGAGUCACCACGUCGUCGCAAAGUAUCUCAAGUUUUAAAAAACCAAGACAGUAACACUAGCCCAUUUCAAAAUUAUUCAAAUUCCGGCUCAAAUUUUUCAAACCAAAGCCCUAGUUAUUCAAACCAAUCUCAAAAUUACCCGAAUAAAGGCCCUGUACAAUCUAGAUCAACAUCAUUCCCAUCACAAAACAACCAAGAGCGCGAUUUAGUAAAGCGUCAGGAAAAACGUUCGCAGUUUGAUAACCUCUAUAAAAAAUACAACCGUCACAAUGACGACGAGGAUGAUUUAUUACCUUCUCAAUCUAGUAAUAAAGACACCCGGAAACUAGAGCCCUUUAAAUCUGGUCGUCAGAUCAAUAUCCAGCAGCAGAAAGCCAAUAAAUCAAAGCCCCAGGGUAAAACUCUUGGAGGCAAGACAUCCGUGAGCAAACCUUUUGUCUGCCCGCUUAAUAAACGCGAUGAGGAAGAAAAGGUCGAGCGUUCAGACAGUCAGGAAGACAUGGACUGCGACGAUGAACGUCUUAAAAACAUAGAUCCCAAAAUGAUUGAACUUAUACGCAAUGAAAUAAUGGACUCUGGGGCUCUAGUGACUUGGAAUGAUGUUGCAGGUCUUGAGAAAGCUAAAAGUAUUAUUAAAGAAGCCAUUGUCUUGCCUAUGUUGCGUCCAGAUAUUUUUACAGGACUAAGACGUCCUCCGAAAGGAAUUCUGCUAUUCGGGCCACCUGGAACUGGCAAGACCCUAAUUGGCAAAUGUAUCGCUUCCCAAAGUAAGUCAACGUUCUUUGCUAUUUCCUCGAGUUCGCUUACUUCCAAGUGGGUCGGAGAGGGCGAGAAAAUGGUACGGGCUCUAUUUGCUGUGGCGCGGGUUUAUCAACCAUCAGUUAUUUUUAUCGAUGAAAUCGAUUCCCUGUUGAGCCAGCGGUCGGAUACAGAGCACGAGAGUUCAAGGAGAAUAAAGACUGAGUUCUUGAUACAUCUCGAUGGUGCAACUACUGGCGACGAUGAUAAGAUUUUGCUAAUAGGAGCGACUAAUAGACCAGGGGAACUUGAUGAGGCUGCUAGAAGACGUUUUGUCAAACGGUUGUAUGUCCCGUUGCCAGAGUUUGAAGCAAGGAAGCAAAUUGUUAAUAACUUGUUGCGUAAUGAGAGACAUCAUUUGUCGGAAGAGGAUGUUGAGACAGUCGCCGAGAAGGCUGAUCAUUUUUCAGGAGCUGAUAUGACGACACUGUGCAAGGAAGCGAGCAUGGGUCCGAUUAGAAGUAUUCCCUUUGAUAUGAUGGAGAAUAUUAGAAUGGAAGAUGUCAGAGGGGUGACGAUUGAUGACUUUUUGGAGGCGUUCAAACGUGUGAGACCCAGUGUUGCGCAGGAUGAUUUGGUCCAUUAUGUCAAGUGGGAUAAAACUUAUGGCAGUGGCACUGCUGAGUAAAAUAUCAACUUUUUUUUUAUUUUAAUUAAUUAUAAAUAAAAAUUUUUAUUUUAAAGAAAUUUUAGAUUCCAUAAGAUAUAUAAGUUGAUGAAAAAUUUACUUUCAUGUAUUAGAAAUUUGUCAAUCUCAUAUUUAAUGAUAAGCUAAUGUAAUAUAAUUUAUAUUCUUUUGUUUUAUACAAUAAAAUUUCAUACUUUUAACGUUUUUUUUUAAUCUUAAAAUAAAUAUUCUAUAAGUGAGUAUUCACUGAAAAAGUUUUGGUUACAGGAUACUAAAAAAUUCCUUAAUGUAGGAAGACAUAAAAGGCUUGAAAGUGGCAUACUCCAAAUGUGAAUUGCAGAAAUACAAUAAAUGAUUUAGAGGUCAUCCAUAAAUUACAUCACACGUUAAUGGGGAGAGAGAGUAUCACUGAAAUGUGACAAGGGGUAUGGGGGAGUCAAUAAAAUUUGAAAAAAAUACUAAAACGUGAAGUUCAGAUGUGAAUAAAAAACUAAAAAUUUACGAACUUGAUGUAUAUUUAUUAAUAAUUUAGUAUUCUCGCUAUGAGAUUAUCUCUCAUAUCAUGCAACGUCAUUUAACUUCUAAAGCGGCGUUGUAAUGCAAAUGAGACACUCGAAUUCACGAUAAUUUUGAAUGGUGAGAGUUUAAGUAGAUUAUUUAAUAAAAUUAAGUAAAAAAUGAAAAUAGCUGUUUUCUCUCGAUUAUUUUAAAAUUCAUGCAUAAAUUUUAAAAAUGUGUUCAAAAGGGGUUCAAAAGUCCUAAAAUUCGUGUGACGUAAUUUUGACAGCUCUUCGCUAUGCAGCAUAAGCUGUGGAAAAAUUAACUUAUUAUUGAAUUAGCUCUGAUUCAUAUAAGUUGCUACCAUAGAGAUAUUUUAGGUGGAGCUGUUUGUACAUUGGAAGAUUCUAAAGCGACUUUGACUCAUUGUUUUAAAUAUUUACUGAAAAUUCUUCGAUAAUAAUUUAUUACAAGAGCCAGUUCAUAACUUAAAUGAUAAUUCCCUGUAGCUAUGGCUUAUCAUAUAAAUAAGAAAUUACAAUAAUAAACAACGAAGUAUUACUCAUUAUCAUGGUAGUUAAGUCCUUUUAAUUCUACGUUUUACAUUGACUUUAAUUAUAAUUCCUGAUAAAACUUUUAAUAUCACGCAUUUAAAACGUGCGUUUUACAUUAAUAUAUUUAUAAAAUCUAGUUUAAUGUGAUUGAAUGACAUUAAACGUAGUGCCCUAUUAAUAUUUUAUAGUAAAUAAAUGGAUCAAGAAAAAAAAAUUUUAAAAUACCAUGACUUUAAUCGGUGAUCUAUUAUUAAACUGUCGUGAUAGUUGAUAAAAAUUAUCUUUAUUUUCUUACGACACGCAUGAUUAAUCACUGCUUUACAUUACUGUGCGUGGCAGACGAGAGAAAACAUAUUUUGUUUUUAUAUAAAGAAGAUUUUUAAUUAAUAAUAAUUCAGUUGCUUAAGACGAUAGUCGCUAAAAUUUUUUAAGAAUUUUAUUUUUUAAUAAAGUGAUCAAUUUAUAAAAUAAAUUUAUUAUUAAGUAUUUUAAUUAGGGUUCAAAAAUGAAUAUGAAAUUAAUUUGCGUUCUUUUAUUAAUUUCGGUCAUCGAAUAUGGAUUUUGUAAAAGUAUUAAUCAGCAGUUAAUAAAUUACAAUAAUGAAGAUAUUAAAUAUCUUGCAUUUGUAACAAAUGGCGAUUUAUAUUCAUGUCCAUGUGUAAUAAUAAGUAAAAAGCACCUACUGGCAAGUGGUUCAUGCAUACGCAGACAUGAACGUGGAUUAGAAAUAGUCGCAGGUGCUAUUCCACAUACUCAUAAUAUUUAUAAUGAUAACGACGACGAUGAUGAUGAUGAUGACGAUGAUGAUCAGGGAAACUCAGGAGUUUAUCGAACAAUUAAAAAAAUUAAGUAUCAUGCGGAAUUCGUCAACAAAAUCCGAAGUAUGAGAAUCCAUAACAGUUUCGUAAUUUUGACUUUGAGGAAAAGUUUACCAAUAGGCAAUAAUAUAAAAAUAGCUAACUUGCCAGUUGAAGAUGUCAAAGAAGGAGACGAAGGGACUAUUUAUGGCUGGUAUCAAACAUGUACCAUUAGAUCACCGCCACGAUUUUUAAGUGCGCCAUUAACUGUCUUGGAUCGAAGCAACUGCUCUCGUAUUGAUGACGAUGAAUUUUGUUCUAGCAGUGAGAUGACAGAAAAGAUAAUCCAUUCAUCCCCAGUAAUUAGCAAUGGGACUAUAAUUGGCUACACGACUUACGGCUGCCCUUCAUUCAAUACCGACUACACUGUGACGAGCGUCUACUACUAUCUAUCCUUCAUCAAAAGCGCCAUGAAGUUACACGUUUAAACACAAAACAUUGUUAUAUCUAUUUAUUUAAUAUUUACUGAAUAAUGAUCUGAAUUUUAUAAUUUACUAUUGUAUUUCAAUACCCUACAGUAAAACCCAAUCCUUAUCUUAUCUAUCUAUCUAUAAUUCCAUCCCUGGCCUUCAUCGCCGCCAUUUUGUCGUCCGUCUUCCUGACUCUACUUCAGCCAUUAGGUUACAACCCAGCAACCUAGACGUUUCGCGCAAAAUUUUAAAUAUUCCAUAAGAGGUUACAAUAGCAAUCGCAUCAGUUUUAUUAGAUCUCGUCAUUAAAAAGAUAAUUAACGUGAAAAUGUCUACUGCGCAAUUAAACAACCAAUUAACCUCACAUUUAUCGGAACAAGUGACUGAGUUUCAUAGUGCAGUUGAAAACUCCGACUACGAUAAAAUAAAAGUUAUUUUUAAAUUAAAUACAGUUGACGUCAAUGCGACAAGUAAUUUACACGAUCAUACACUUGGAUUUACGGCUCUGCAUUUAGCAUCGAUUUCAUCGAAUCCAACCUCUGAAUUAAUAGUCGACUUAUUAUUAAAUUACGGUGCUAAUAUUAAUAGCAGAUGUCUAAAAGGUAAAACGGCAUUGAUGUACGCAGUAGAAUGUCAAAAUGGCGGCAUUGUAAAAAAAUUACUGGACAAUAGAGUUGAUGUUAACCUCCAAGAUUUGAAAGGUCUAACGGCGCUUCACUACGCAAUGCAACAGGGGAUUCCCGAUCUGGUUAAUUUACUUCUUAAAUAUCACACUGAUAUUAAUAUUGUUGAUAACAAUGAUAAGACAGCAUUUGAAUACUGCUAUGAUAAUAUUGUUUUUUAUUAUACGCGCGAAAAUUUCAAAGAGUUACAAAAUGACAAAUAUAUUUUGUACAGAAAUAUAUAUGGAACUAAAUAUUUAUCAGCUGCGAAUAUUUUUAUCGGCCAUUUUAUCAAAGUCGCUGAUGACAUGAAAAACUAUAAAAUAUUUAUGUUAAUUGAAAAUCACCCCGUGACGUAUUAUAUUUAUAAUGAAUUUGAAAAACAGAUAAUUAAGAUGAAAAACGAAAAAAUAAAUAAUACAAAUGUUUCUUAUUAUGAUUUUAUGACCGGUGAUAUCAGUCAACUGAAUAAUUAUGUUAAUGAUCCUGACAUAGUUGCGGAUUUAUCACUUUGUAAAGGCGAGUAUGUUGAAAAAUUUCCAUUGUUCGCGCGAGAUAUCAGUGAUUGUUUCAAUAAAGCAAUGGAGAGAAAAAAACUUAUUGAUGAAAGCACGAAAAUUCUUAAUUAUUUGACGAAUUCUUCUACGCUGCUGGAGAAUGAUCGCAUGCAGAUGAUCUUUGAAUUAUUAGAUAAAGCCGAUUUAAAUGAAUUUGUUGAUAUUUUUAUCUAAAAUUAUUGUUUUGUAAGAGAGCAUUAUUACGAUUGUUUAAUAUUUUUUUUAUAUUUGUACAGUAUUUUUAUAAGCUUUGUUUUCAAAUAAAUCAUAUUUAUUAUAAUUA